AUGGGUACAAAAAUUGUCACCCUCGUUCUAUUGCCAUUCUUUUUCUCCCUCCAUCUCGUUCUGGCAACAACCAGAUUCCCAGCAACCUCACUGGCUACAGCUAUUCAAGGAGAAUGGCGUCUCUUGCAGGAAUGUAUUGGCAUAUCAGCAAUGCAUAUGCAACUCUUGCACAACAACAGAGUUAUUAUGUUUGAUAGGACUGACUUUGGCAAUUCUAAUAUCUCUCUUCCGGGCGGGCGCUGUCGUCGUGAUCCACAUGACGUAGCACUUAAAACGGACUGCACAGCUCACUCUGUUCUGUAUGACAUUGGCACCAAUAACUUUAGGCCGUUAAUGGUACAGACAGAUACUUGGUGCUCUUCAGGGGCAGUCCUCGAAGAUGGAACACUGGUUCAAACAGGUGGAUACAAUGAUGGAGAUCAUGUUGUACGAAAAUUUUCCCCUUGUGGUGGUGAAGAUUGUGAUUGGGUUGAGUUUCCAAAUGCUCUUAUGAGACGUAGAUGGUAUGCAACAAAUCAGAUUCUGCCUGAUGGAAGAAUAAUCAUAGUUGGGGGGAGAGGACAGUUUAAUUAUGAGUUUUAUUCUCAACCUGCAACCGGUUCCUAUGAUCUGGAGUUUCUUAAAGAAACCAAGGAUGAAGGUGAGAAUAACUUGUAUCCAUUUCUCCAUCUCUUACCAGACGGAAACUUGUUCAUUUUUGCAAACACAAGGUCCAUUUUGUUUGACUACCGUCAAAGCAAGGUUGUCAGGGAGUUUCCUCAGAUUCCUGGUGAUGCUUCCAGGAACUAUCCUAGUUCAGGCUCAUCAGUGCUGCUUCCUAUCAACGAAAAUGGUCCAAUAGAGGCAGAGAUCAUGGUCUGCGGCGGUGCACCUCACGGGGCGUUCACGAGUGCAAGGCAGGGAUAUUUCAUCCGUGCAAGCUCCACAUGUGGUCGCCUAAAAGUCACUGACCAAAAUCCUGCCUGGGAAAUGGAGACAAUGCCCAUGGCACGAGUAAUGGGUGACAUGCUACUUCUUCCUACUGGAGAUGUCAUCAUAAUCAAUGGUGCAAGUUCAGGAACUGCAGGUUGGGAAAAUGCAAGAAAUCCUGUCACAAGGCCAGUGAUCUACAAGCCCCACGCAAUGCAACAUAAUCGGUUCUCAGUUAUGGAAACUGCACAAAGGCCAAGAAUGUACCAUUCUUCUGCUACACUACUCAUUGACGGAAGAGUGCUAGUUGGAGGAAGCAAUCCACAUGUAUACUACAAAUUUACUGGUGUACAAUUUCCAACUGACCUGAGCUUGGAAGCCUUUUCUCCACCUUACUCAGCACAGCUGCAUGAUCCAGUGAGACCGAGGAUUGUUGGAAUGGCUGAAAAUAUAACAUACCAGCGGAAGUUUUCAGUGACUUUCUCAGUCAACAAUUUUCUGAAAGUGGCAAGUUUAUCAGUGAGAAUCAUUGCACCAUCUUUUACUACACAUUCUUUCUCAAUGAACCAAAGAAUGGUGAUUUUGAAGUUUGUUGAGGCCGUUAAUGUUGCCUCAAGUACUUAUAGGAUUACUGCAAUUGGACCAUCCUCACCUGAGAUUGCACCAAAAGGAUACUACAUGCUCUUCGUGGUGCAUGAAGAUAUACCUAGUACUGGGAUGUGGGUGAACGUUGUCUAA